UCCCCUGUGGGCGGAGCCGAGUGGUUUCCGCGCGCAUAAGCCGACGGAGCCCAACAGUUUCUCAGGUGUCCUCAGUGAGUUGACUUUAGAGUAGCUGGAGCGGGAGCCAACAUGGCAGCGAUGUUUAGGGUUCUGAGAAGUAUUUCUCGUUUUGACUGGAGAUCACAACAUACAAAAUCUGCUGUACGACGUGAACCAGGAUUAGGAUUUAGUUUUGAACUCAGUGAACAGCAGAAAGAAUUUCAAGCUACUGCUCGUAAAUUUGCCAGAGAGGAAAUAAUCCCUGUUGCUCCAGAAUAUGAUAAAACUGGUGAGUACCCUCUCCCCGUGAUUAAAAGAGCCUGGGAACUUGGUUUGAUGAAUUCACACAUUCCAGAGAGUUGUGGAGGCCUUGGACUUGAAAUUUUGGAUUCUUGUUUAAUUUCUGAAGAAUUGGCAUAUGGAUGUACAGGGAUUCAGACUGCUCUUGAAGGAAAUACUUUGGGGCAAAUGCCUCUUAUUAUUGCUGGAAAUGAUGACCAACAAAAGAAGUAUUUGGGGAGGAUGAUUGAGGAGCCACUUUUGUGUGCCUACUGUGUGUCAGAACCUGGAGCAGGCUCUGAUGUAGCUGGUUUAAAGACCAAAGCAGAAAAGAAAGGAAAUGAAUAUGUUAUUAAUGGUCAAAAGAUGUGGAUAACCAAUGGUGGGAAAGCUAAUUGGUAUUUUUUAUUGGCCCGUUCUGAUCCAAAUCCUAAGACUCCUGCUAGUAAAGCCUUUACUGGAUUUAUUGUGGAAGCGGAUACUCCAGGAAUCCAUAUUGGAAGAAAGGAAUUAAAUAUGGGCCAGCGAUGUUCAGAUACAAGAGGAAUUGUCUUUGAAGAUGUGAAAGUGCCUAAAGAAAAUGUUUUAAUUGGUGAGGGAGCUGGUUUCAAAAUUGUAAUGGAAACUUUUGAUAAAACCAGACCUCAAAUAGCAGCUGGUGCUGUUGGACUGGCACAAAGAGCUUUGGAUGAAGCUACCAAGUAUGCCCUAGAGAGGAAAACUUUUGGAAAGCCACUUACUGAGCACCAAGCGAUAUCUUUUUUGCUGGCUGAAAUGGCAAUGAAAGUUGAAGUAGCUAGAUUGAGUUACCAGAGAGCAGCUUGGGAGGUUGAUCGUGGUCGUCGAAAUACCUAUUAUGCCUCUAUUGCAAAGGCAUUUGCUGCAGAUACUGCAAAUCAGUUGGCUACUGAUGCUGUGCAGAUUUUCGGAGGCAAUGGAUUUAAUACUGAGUAUCCUGUAGAAAAACUAAUGAGGGAUGCCAAGAUCUAUCAGAUUUAUGAAGGUACUUCACAAAUUCAAAGGCUUAUUAUAGCCCGUGAACACAUUGGGAAAUAUAACAAUUAAGGAAAUCUCUAUAGAAGCAUGGUUCAUUUUUGAGUACUAGAGCAUCAACCACU